CUUAUCUUAUCUCACUUCUUUUUAUUUCUUUUGUUAAGCGUAUUUCACUUCUUUUCUCUUGCCUUCUUCAUCUUCAACAUCACUCUUUUUUUCAAACAGACCCCUUGUUCCUCUUCAUACACACAUAUCUCCUCUACACCAUGAGCGCAUCCACUAAUAUGAAAAGGAAAGCGGAAAAUACGGCGCUUGAGCAAGCAGCCGCCUCUAAGUGUCGCCGGCUGCCAGUGGCCUGUAGCACUUCCCACAAUGCAGCAGAGUCAGGUCCAUCAACAAGCAAGAAGAGGAAGGCCGAGGAUGUGGCACUGGAGCAGCCAGCCACUCCAGCAAAGCGCGUCGUCUUCACUUUCCAAGAGCCAAGGGAAGUGUCGACUGCCAAGUUAAAAGGCAUCCUCAAGUCGUCGGCUCCGGUACGCAUCCUAAGCUGGGAGCGUAUGCUUGACCACCCAGAGGUGAAGAACCCUCACAUGGUCAGAAGCAGAGGUGACAGCUACCCAGAGGGCCCAGUCUCUGUGGAGAGAGCCUUGGCGCUAUUGGGGGCCAGGGACACGCGGUCGCGCUUUUCGGCCUACCAGUUAUUGAGUAUUUACCUCAAAGAGGGCCGUGGGGAGCUUCUGCAGCAAGAGUCGGUGCGGGCUUUUGCUCAGUAUUUCGUGAGGGACUUGGAUUCAAACAACCACCCAAGUCUGAUCCAGGCAGCGCUCAAGUGCACAAGCCACUUCCUUUCUAACCAGUCGAUCGCUGUCAUGUUCACUCAAGGAGAGGUCCAGCACAUGAUGAUGCGGAUCCUGCAUCUGGUCAACACAACAAAUGAGGCACGCACUUGCCAUUUGGCUGUCUGGAUCCUUGCAUCUAAUGAAAUCCCUUCAAGGUGGCUGCUCCCGUUCCUCUUACAGAUGAUUCAAGCGCUCACGAGCAAUCUAGACUCCCGCUUUGAGGCAUCGAGUAUCACUAGUGGAUGCCUAGACGGUAUAUCUACCGUGUUUGCGCGGUUCCCGAAUGAGGCAGUAGCAACAACCCAGACUUGGUUCAAACCCGUGCUCACAAAGUCAAAAUCGACCAUUCCUCGCAUUCAGUCAAAGGCAUUGAGGCUGAUGAGGAUGGCGAUCCUCGCUCCUCGACCAAAUGGUGUCUCGAUGUAAUGAUGCCUCUUCGACUGGUCAACACCUCCUUGCUCAAAUGACCAGAAUGUCCUCUCGACCGAACAGAGUGC